AUGGUUAUUACACAUUCACAAAGCCACGGUAAUUCGUGUAUCAUUCGAUGUGAUGGGUGUCUUAUGAAUAUUUCCUCAAUCAUGUGGAUCCAGUGCGUGCAGUGCCGCAUAGACAUAUGCCCUCUCUGCACAAUACAGAGAACGCAAAUACGCACACACGAAUACACACACAAAUAUCGCAUAGUAGAGAGUCUUUCAUUUGAGGCAGACUCUGAGGGCUGGCAAAUGAUAGAGGAGCUCCUAUUUGUAGAUGGCCUUAUUAUGCACGGGAUAGGAAACUGGGAGGACGUGGCUGCAUACAUAGGAAGAAAAACACCCGAGGAAGUGAAGCAGCAUUUCUCCCGCAUAUUCAAGCAGCAGGACAUCCAAGAUCUGGAGGGCGAGCCUGUGCAAAACGUGCAAAGUCUUCCUCUCUCGCAGGAGAUCUCUGGAUACAUGCCGCUGCGACAGGAUUUUGAAGUCGAGUACUCAAACGAUGCAGAGAUAUCCAUCAAAGAGAUAUCGUUCUCAAAAGCAGACACUCCUCUUGAAAAAGAAACAAAAGAAAUACUUUUGGAAGCAUACAGAAAUGUUUUAUUGCAGAGAAAGCUGUUCAGACACUUAAUUUUCAAAAAAGGUCUUUUGGCAGCAAAACAGCACACGCUUGGAGAAAAGUCGCUUUGUGCAGCAGGGAAAGACCUUCUAGCGAAGAUGAAGCCUCUUCUAAAGAUUCUCUCGGUAAAGGAGUAUUUGGACCUAUUCCAAGGGCUCUAUUUGGAGCUGCUGAUAAAAAAGAAAAUAUCGGGGAUGUACAGCACGCAGGACACUGCAAAGAAAGGAGAAGUUCCGCUGCCAAAGAAGGAAGCUCCGAUAGUUGACGAAGUGGCAGUGCAGUAUCUCUCAGAGAGCGAAAAAAGCUUCUGCAAUACGGUCUCAGUUCCGUACGCCAUCUACUACUCUCUGAGAGAAACGGCAAUACUCUACAGAUCAGUUGCAGAAACAGAAAAAAGAAACAUUCUAAAAGUAUUCCAGGGCCUCACAGAACAGAAGCUCUCCCAAAUAUUAAACUACUUCAUACAGAACAGAUGGGUAGAGCCUCCAGUCUCUUCACUCGUAUAA